AUGGCUACAGAGGUGACAACCCAACUGGCUGAGCAUCUGCUGAGUCCAAGGGCUGAGCCGAAGGCUGAGAAGCCAGAGCACACGCCAAGAAGCCACAAGACCGACAGGCCACAGAAAGAACCGCUGGUCCCAGGGGUUGUGGACUUCAAGGUGAUCCCAGAGGCACCGAGGACCCCCAAGCCCCAAGUCCCUGGCACCUGCCGCUUCGGCCGCCUCAGCCACCACUCCUUCUUCUCCCGGCAUCACCCCCACCCACAGCGCGUGACCCACAUCCAAGAUCUUACCGGGAAGCCCGUCUGUGUCGUCCGGGACAAGUCCUCUCUGUCUCGUCUGCCUCAAGCCGCACUCUUAUCCCACUGCCUGAUGGGGAUGCCCACUGUCCCUGCUCCCGUUGGAGACCCGCAGUCCAAUCGGGACCCCCGGCUUUUUUCUGAGGCCUGGAAGAAGGAGUUGAAGGACCUGGCUUCCCAGGUGGUCACAUUCGGCAAGGAGAAUGAGCCGAAGGACAAAGAGCAGGAGGAGCCUAAACGGGAGCAGGGGGCAAAGUACUCGGCAGAGACCGGGAGGCUCAUCCCUGCUGCCACCCGAGGGCUCAGCCGCCGCCACUCCCGCCAGGGCCCAGGGAGCUACACCUCCAGCAGAGAUGGAGGAGUCCAGAACUAUGUCCUGCAGGAUCAGGAGCUGCUGAUCUUGGAGCUCCUUUGUCAGAUCCUGCAAACAGACUCCUUGAGUGCUAUCCAGUUCUGGCUGCUCUUUGCUCCCCCCAAGGAGAAGGACUUGGCCUUGGGGCUCCUGCAGACAGCAGUGGCUCAGCUGCUUCCCCAGCCUCUAGUCUCCAUCCCCACAGAAAAACUCCUAAACCAGCUCCAAGAAGUCCAGGAACCACCUCAAGAAAGGCAACAGCCAUCAUACAGCCAAUCCCCGAAGAAGUCCAAGGCAACAGCUCUACCAGAAAGCGAAAAGCCAGAGCACAUUGGAAAAGCACAAGUUCUGCGACUACAUUCAAGUCAGAACACAGAAGAGAAAGUGCCAAAGCCAAAGACAGAGUUCCAAGGAGUCUGCCCUGCUCUGCCCGCCCCGCUCUAAAGUCGGCCCGGAGUUCGAACUUGCUUUCGCCUCUACCACCUCAGCAGCAAUACGUGCUUUCCUAUCACACAGAGUCUAUUAAAAUAGGGUCUUCCCUUUAAGAGGACGGUUCCACUCUCCCAUCUGCAGCAGGUCUGUGCUGGGGUCCUUUCUUCCCGGAGAGGGGGGUGAGCUGCGUGGAACCACCCCCACUCCCUUGGAGAGCUCCUGAACGCCACCGCCCACGUGGGGCUCCCCUUGUUCCUUUGCCUUCCAGGGAACAAAAGAGCAAAUAGUGUCUGGGGCGGCCUGAGGAAGCCCUGCUGCUCCUUGAACCAAGGCCCACGAGGCUCUAGGCAGGUUAGGGCAGAGGUCAGGAACCCGCAGGCCUCCUUAAAACAAUCAUCAAUACCAGUUGAGGUCCUGCCAGGCACUGAGGCAGGGACUUUGGUAAUAGCUAGUGAUGAACAAUAUUACCUGACCCCCAAACGUCAGGGGGCUUUGGCUAAAUAUAAAUGACAGAUUUGCGCAAGGGUCUUAGGAUCUGCAAACUGGAAACACAACUAGGCAAUUGCCCAGAGUGUUCCGAAGGAGAAAGAAAAGUCGAGGGUUUGUACAGUAAAAAGCUCACUCAGCCCUGUACUCGCAGCCCCCGGACUGGGCUGAGGUGGUAUUUGUCAGGUGUCUGGUGGUCUGGACCACGGGACAGUUUCUUCCUGAGGUCGCUCGGCUGGUUCACUGCAAGUUGGAUGUACGUCCAGGUAUUUCCACACAACGCACUGACUUGCAUCCAGGCUUUGACACAGGGUCAGAAAGUUCACAAGUUUAAGUUCCCAGGGUCAGUUAAAACAAGAAGAAUUGUUUCCCCGUUGCCUCAGCCUACUUAAUUUCUAUAAUUUAGCAGCUUGAUGGUAACGACUCCAUUUUAUUUCUUCACUCUAGCCCCCAAACACUACAUGAACUGUUCUACGUACUUUGUAUGUGGCCCUCUAUUUGAGUCUCCAGAAAGCUCUAUGAGGUGGAGUAUUCAUGUUAGAACUACUGUUUUAUACAUGAGUGAACUGCGGCUCAGGAAGGUGAAACAAGUUGUCUGAGGCACAUAAUCAGCGGCAGACCCCAGAUCCAAACCCAAUAUGUCUGGUUCCAGAAUCCCUGCUGCACUCUACUGACUGUUUACAAACAGCACCCCUCACCAGGACUUGUGGCUACAUUCCUGAAAAGUGUAACGGUUAGCAAGAUGGUGGUUGACAAGGUCAAGGAGGAAAGGGGUGUUAUCAUAUAAAUGUGAAUCAUAUACCCCCAGGGGUGUGUCUGUCUUUUAAGAUCUGGAGAAGCUGGCCUUGACCCUCUGGGAAGUCCACUGUCAUCCUUGAGAUAUCUGCAAAUUCCCUGAGAGGUGCAGGGGAGGAAGGCCCUGAGGAUCUACAAUGCCAAAGUCACCUGUGGCUCUGUGCUCCUACUUCUCUGAGUUCAGUCCCUGGAUUGUGGCUCCGUCCCACAUUGCAUCAUUGCUCCACCUCACAUCAGUUCAGGCAGAUGAAGUCCCUCCGGGUUUACCCAAAUACUCCAUUCCCAGGAAACUUGUGUGCGGUGCUAGGCUUCAGUGGAGAUUAGAGGCUGGAUGUGAAUUUGCUGUGAAUCCAGCAAACAACUUCAUGCUCAAUAUUAAAUAGUCUUGGUUUUGAAAAGUCCUUGGCCACUCUACCAGGGGGAAUUUUUCCUUGGUGGCAGCCUCUCGCCAUAUUGCUGGCUUUCUCCUCUGUCCUCUCCCCUGGCACCAGUUUCCUUCUAGAAAGCCAAUGUUUUAAUGCUUUUCCAAUUUUUUAUUGUGGUAAAAUAGGUAUCACCUAAAACAUACUGCUUUAACCAUUUGUAAGUGUACAGUUCAGCGGUGUUAAGCCGAGUCACGGUGUUCAGCCAUUGCCACCAUCCGCCUGCAGAACUCUUCUUGUCUAUUGCAAAACUGAAACUGUGUGCAUUAAUCAAUAACUCCCCAUCCUCCGCCCCUGCCCACCCCUAGUCCCUGGCAACUGCCAUUCUACUUUCUGCCUCUGAAUCUGACUGCUCCAGGACCUCAUGGAAGUGGAACCACACAGUCACACGCAUUUGUCCUUUUGGGUCUAGUUUAUUUCAGGCAGCGUAAUGCCCUCAGGGCUCAUCCACAAUGUAACAUGUCUUUUCCUCUCAUGUUUAUUUUUUUUAUGGAUGCAGCAGUUCAGCCUCUUCCCCCAACCUCUCCAGCCUUGCCUUGGCCUGUCCGACCUCAUCACAGGUCUGUUCAUGCAACAGGGUCCUUGCCCCUUGGCAGUUGUGGUUAUGAGAAUGUACCCUCCUCCACUACAAAUAAUUCAGAAUUCACACAGCAAAAAAAUUCUAGAUGUCUACUUCCAAA